CAUUGACGAUUAUUCCCGACAAACAAAUUUUGUUGUUGUUUAUGCUUUUUAUUUUGUUUUAAUAAUCACCUAAUAUUUAUUUACAUAUUGUGUUGUUAUACAAUAUAAUUUUAUGUGUAAUUUAUUGUUAAUUGGCAUAUUCAAAGGAAUCUACAAUUUUAUCGAUAGUUUGAUUGAUGUACGAUAGAUUGCCGAUCAUUUCUGAUCGUAUUUGUUAACAUAACCUCGUAAAAUUGUGCCCGUUCGGUUUGUGGUUGCGUCUGGAGUGGUGCUCAAGUUUUCCAACCAACUUACCAAUUAUUUUGUGUUUUAUUAAUGAAAUAACAAAAAAAUGACAACAGUUAAUAAACAGGAGUAUCUUAAACGCUAUCUAUCCAAAGAUAAAGACAAAAAGAAGAAGAAAAAGAAGGUUCCAAAGGGAAUUCAAGACAGGGUAAAAAUAAUUGAUGAUAAUAUUGAUGUCCAUGAACAAGUCCAAACAAUUCAAGACAUUGAAAAUGAUAAUGAAGAUGCCCCUCAAGUUGUUGCUGUAAUUGAUGACAGACCUGUGGAGUUAAUAACAGGAUUCAAAGAAUCCAACAAUUGGACUGCCAUUGAUAUUAAACCCAAUAUAAAAGAAGAACCUAGAAGUCCAGAUAGAAAUAGUGAUCAUAGUCCUCCUAGAAGAAGGAGAAGAAGUUCGGAUGAAAGUCCUCCAAGAAAAACAAAUAGAAGAGGAAACUCAGAUGAUGAGAGUCCACCUAGAAGAGGCAGAAACAAAGAUGAGAGCCCUCCAAGAAGAAUAAAAAGUGAAGUGGCAGAUAAAAGUCCUCCUAGGAGAAGUAGAAAGUAUGAUUCAGAUGAAAGUCCACCUAGGAAAAGCAAAAAUAAUGAGAAAAAUCGAGAUUAUAGUCCACAAGAUUCUAGCCCUGUAAGAAUAAAAAGACAAGAUCAAAAUUCUUCCAGGAAACGAAAUUAUGACGAAAACGCAGAUUAUAGCCCCCCAAGGAGAUCAAAACAUGAUAAUUCUCCUCCUCGUAGAAGAAACGAUGGCGAAAGUUCUCACAGAAAGAAAUCCGACAGAAGCCCGACACGUAGACGAAGGAGUAAUGAGCGAAGUCCGUCGAAAAGCAAAAAACGCGAUGAUUCAAGUCGUAGUUCGAAGAAAAAGAGUCGCUGGGCAUCGAAAUCUCCAUCACCUGAACCCAGCACAUCGAAAUCGACAUCUAAAGCAACAAAAACUCUAGAUGGGAAAACAGCAGGUCUUCAAAAUGCCAAAGAUCUUGUUAAGGAAACCGAGAAUUUCAAAAGACGUGAAGCUAAACUGUUUCAAGAGAUGCCAACUGAUAUUUCUGGCGUUAACGCGUCUACUGUGAUGCGCGAUAGAAAAACCGGUAAGGUUCGCGAUUUGGAAGCAGAGGCAGAGAUAAAAUCAGCGCAGAAAGAAAAAACCAACGAGUUGCAGAAAAAAUACGACCAAUGGGGAAAAGGUUUAAAACAAACUACAGAUUAUAAUCAAAAGUUGGAGGAAGCUGCUUAUGAAAUGAGUAAACCUCUGGCUCGAUAUGCGGAUGAUGCCGAUUUGGAGAGACAUCUGAAGGAACAAGAAAGGGCCGGGGAUCCGAUGUUGGAUUAUAUCAGAAAGAAGAAAGUUGAUAAAGCAAUUAAAGCCGGUGUUAAAUUAAAACCAGAGUAUAUGGGUGAAUUUAUGCCCAAUCGUUAUGGUAUAAAACCAGGACAUCGAUGGGAUGGUGUAGAUAGAUCCAAUGGAUAUGAAAAGAAGUGGUUCGAUGCGAUUAACAAACGAAAUGCUGAUAAAGAGGAAGCCUAUAAGUGGAAUUCGGAAGAUAUGUAAUUUGUACAUACAAUUUUAAUUAAUAAUUUGAAGAAUUAAUGAAAAA